AUGGUCAACCGACCGAACAAAUUUUGGACUCAUUUUAAUUGGUCUUUCUUCAUUUUGUUUUUAAUUUAUUCCUUGCUCUUUCUUUCUCACUGUUAUCUCUCUUUCUUUCCCUUCAUUUUUUUCCAUUCUUUUCUUCUUAGUUUUUUCUUUGAUUCUUUUCAUUAUUAUGACUGUAUUUAUUAUUCUUUUUUGUUUUGUCUUUAUUCAUUCGUACGUUUAUUUUUUCUUAUACUUUUUAUUCUUUAUUUUUCGUUUCUUUUAUUUCUGUUUCGCUUUCUUUAUUUCCGUUUCGUUUCUUUAUUUCCGUUUCGUUUCUUUAUUUCCGUUUCGUUUCUUUAUUUCUGUUUCGUUUCUUUAUUAGCGUUUCGUUUCUUUAUUUCUGUUUGGUUUCUUUAUUUCUGUUUCGGUUCUUUAUUUUCGUUUCGUUUCGUUUCUUUAUUACCGUUUCGUUUCUUUAUUUCCGUUCCGUUUCUUUAUUACCGUUUCGUUUCUUUACUUCUGUUCCGUUUCUUUAUUACUGUUUCGUUUCUUUAUUUCUGUUUCGUUUCUUUAUUACCGUUUUGUUUCUUUAUUAGCGUUUCGUUUUAUUUCUGUUUGGUUUCUUUAUUUCUGUUUGGUUUCUUUAUUUCUGUUUCGUUUCUUUAUUUUCGUUUCGUUUCUUUAUUAGCGUUUCGUUUCUUUAUUUCUGUUUGGUUUCUUUAUUUCUGUUUGGUUUCUUUUUUCUAUUUGGUUUCUUUAUUUCGUUUCGUUUAUUUAUUUUCGUUCGUUUCUUUAUUAGCGUUUCGUUUCUUUAUUUUUGUUUGGUUUCUUUAUUUCUGUUUCGUUUCGUUUUUUUUAUUACCGUUUUGUUUCUUUAUUAGCGUUUCGUUUCGUUUUUUUUUCCGUUUCGUUUCUUUAUUCCGUUUCGUUUUUUUUUUCGUUUAUUUAUUUGUUUGGUUUCUUUAUUUCUGUUUUGGUUUCUGUUUAUUUCUUUAUUUCUGUUUUUCUUUAUUUCUGUUUCGUUUCUUUAUUUUUUUUCGUUUUUUUAUUUCGUUUCGUUUCUUUAUUAGCGUUUCGUUUCUUUAUUUCUGUUUGGUUUCUUUAUUUCUGUUUCGGUUCUUUAUUUUCGUUUCGUUUCGUUUCUUUAUUACCGUUUCGUUUCUUUAUUUCCGUUCCGUUUCUUUAUUACCGUUUCGUUUCUUUACUUCUGUUCCGUUUCUUUAUUACUGUUUCGUUUCUUUAUUUCUGUUUCGUUUCUUUAUUACCGUUUUGUUUCUUUAUUUCUGUUUCGUUUCUUUAUUUCCGUUUCGUUUUCUUUCUCUUUAUUUUACGGUAAUUUUAAUGUUAACUUUUCUUUCCUUAUCUAUUUUCUUUCUUUCGUUCUCCUAA